AAGACUUGGUCGAAGAGUCCAAAGUUUCCUAAAGCGACUGAUGUCCGCUGCCCAGUAGCUUUGCUGGUCGGCUUCAGCUGUGACCACUGUCAGCAGCAGGCAUGCUGGGGGCUGAGGUGGGAAGAAGCAGCCGCAGCAUGUACCGUCUGAGGAAGGGUCUGUGCCUGGCUCUGGCCAGCGGCGUCGGCUCCUCUCUCGGUCCCCUGGGCUGCCCUCAGCUCAUUCGACUACCCUCCUGCCCUGGCAGCUUCAGGGGGCUGCAGCAGGGAAACUGCGCCCUUCCAGGUGCUGAUACAGUGAAGCCACUCAACGGUGUGAGAAUUCUUGAUCUAACAAGAGUACUUGCAGGACCUUUUGCCACUAUGAACCUGGGAGAUCUUGGAGCUGAAGUAAUUAAAGUGGAAAAACCAGGAUCUGGGGAUGAUACACGAUCUUGGGGACCACCAUUCGUUGGAACUGAAAGUGUUUAUUUUCUCAGUGUAAACAGAAAUAAAAAGAGUAUAGCUGUUAAUAUGAAGAAGCCCAAGGGAGCAAAGAUAAUUAAAGAGCUUGCAGCUGUCUGUGAUGUCCUUGUGGAAAACUAUGUCCCUGGAAAACUAGCUGGAAUGGGCCUGGGUUAUGAAGACGUUAACAAAGUUGCACCUCACAUUGUUUACUGCUCAAUAACAGGCUAUGGUCAGACUGGUCCAAAAUUUCAACGAGCGGGUUAUGACUCAGUUGCAGCUGCUGUUUCUGGACUCUUGCAUAUCACAGGGCCUGAGGACGGUGAGCCAGUUAGGCCAGGAGUAGCUAUGACUGACCUGGCCACAGGACUAUAUGCAUAUGGAGCAAUUAUGGCUGCACUUCUUCAACGACAUAAAACAGGGAAAGGAAUGCACUUGGACUGCAAUCUGCUUUCCUCUCAGGUUGCCUGCCUUACCUAUAUAGCAAGCAAUUUCCUAAACUGCAGAACAGAAUCCAGACGAUGGGGCACUGCGCAUGGAAGUAUUGUGCCGUAUCAGGCUUUCAGAACAAAAGAUGGAUAUAUCGUGGUGGGAGCAGGAAAUGAUCAACAGUUUGCCACUGUUUGCAAGAUCCUCGGUUUGCCUGAAAUCAUUCAUGACCCUAAAUACAAAAACAACCAGCAGCGAGUGGUAAAUAGGAAGGAACUUAUUGGAAUUUUGUCAGCCAGGUUCUUGGAAGAAGAGACCUCCAAAUGGCUAGACCUCUUUGAAGGCAGUGGAGUUCCAUAUGGUCCAAUCAACAGCAUGAAGCAGGUGUUCUCAGAUCCUCAGGUUCUGCACAAUGGACUUAUGAUGGAGAUGGAGCAUCCAACAGUAGGGAAGAUAACUGUUCCAGGACCGGCUGUAAGGUACAGCGAGUUUGAAGUAUCAGAUCCUAAACCACCACCUCUUGUUGGACAGCAUACACUAGAUGUGUUAAAGAAUACAUUGGGGUAUAAGGAUCAUGCUAUACAGGAACUGUUUGACGCUGGAGUAAUAGCUCAGCAUGAAUUCAAGUGAAUUGAUUUGACUUCCAUUGCUGAUGUGGAUGAAGGUUUUGUGAACCAGAAUGGAUAUCUUCAGUUUUCACAGUCUAUUAAUUGAAGUGUGAUUGAAUUCUUCACAUUAUUUUUAUAAUCAUCUGAAAUUCAUAUAGCACCAAAACAUCAACCUUGCACAUUUUUUUAAAGAAUCUGGUUUACCAUCAGGAAAUAUGGGUAUUUAUUUUUGUAAAGUUCAGAGGCCAUCUCAGUAUGGCUCAUCACUCCCCAGAGGUUUUCAUUGUAGGUAUUCUCAAGUUUACUAUAAUUAUAAUAAUGAUGAGUGAUAUCCACAAAGGGACAUUAAAAAAAAAUGUAACACUUGAAUGUUGAGUUUCUUCUGAAAAUAUUUUAACAUAAAAUCACAAUUUUGAGCAAAUACAGUAGGUGGUUUCAUUAUUCAUUUAAAACAGGAGCCUAAGCAGCUUGCCAAUUUCUUACAUGAGCCCUAAUGAAAGAGGCUCUUACAAAGUUAAGUUAGCUAUAUUUAAAUUAAAUUUACCAGGUUUGCUCUGGUAACUAUUUGCUUUCCAUCACAUUACUAUUGAAUAGCAGCUGCAUUGCAACUUAAAAGUUACUCUGUUACAUAUCCCUUGGUCUGCAAAGACAUAUUUAAAUCAGCUGAGUAUUAAACAGUGAAUGAAUAAUGCUAGUGAUUUUGUUCUGGAGAGCUCUUACAUUUUGCUAAAUUUAUUGGAGGUGAAUUUCCAGAAUAAGAGCAGCAGUCCUUUCCCAGAAACAUUAUUUCUGCAAGCAUUUGAAAUACUUUUUUGAGUUCUCUUAAUAAGGAAAUGAAAAUUACAAGCUGACUUCUGCUGCAAUCCUGAAUUUCCAGUUGCAGGAAUAAAAAUUAACGGGAAAUAGAAACUUUUUUUUUUUUUUUGCUUUCUAAAUGUAAAAAACAGCCAAAAGAUCUCUCUCAUCCUCCUUUAACAUUUAGAAUGUCUGGCAAAGUUAUAGCAGUGCUGGGUUCCUUCUAGUGCUUCCUGAAAUGACCAUAUGAUCAUCCUUUAAGUUUUAUUUCAAUCAUCUUUUGCAUUUUAGGAAGUAAACCCAAGCCUUGUCCAUUCUGGAGAUUAGAGGAAGGGAAAGGAUGAUCCAUCUCAUUACGGAUUUAUAAAAAGUUAAAUACUGAAAUUCACUCAAAGCAAGAUCUCUGGUGAAAUUCUCUGUAAUUACUAUUACUGAGUUUUAUAUUAAUUGAGCUAAAUCAAGUUUGAUUCAAUUUGGUUAAAAUUGAUGUAUUUAAAUGUCAUGAUGUAAUCAGGGGUAAGAACCAAAUUCCUUAUUUAUUAUGAUCAGGAUGCCUGGGGAAUCACAUUUCCAGAGCUUCCAAAAUCAACAGAUUGAAUCAGGAGGCAUAUGGAGCUGCAAAUCCAAGGGUGUUCAGCAACAGGAGAGGAAUGUCCAUGCCUUGCCUGAAGUUAGACAUAAAGAAGUUCAUUUCCCUUUCUUCAUCCAAGAAAGCCUAUCAACUGACUACCACAAAAUGUAUUUACAAAGCAAGUAUAAGCCUUAAGCACAUCAUGGUUACUGAUAUUGCAAAAUAAAAUCCACAAUCUUCCUGUCACCAUGUUUUCAGUAGUGCCCUUCCCUGGGAAUUCAUUGAUGAAUUUAGAAUAUCUAGCUUCUAUGCCAAGAGCAACUAAUUGCAUGAGUAAAUCUAGUAGAAUCUAGACCAUAAUUAACAGCACGCGAUACAUGAAAGCAAAACCACUUCUUGUAUACAAAGCAAUGUGGCAUUUCUCCAAAAGCAAAGGGUGGGAGGAGGGCAUCACUGUUCAAUCUUGCAGGCAUAUAAUUUAGAUCAAACGUAAAUCCUGAAUAAGAAGAUUCCAUGGGUUUGUGUGUGUGUGUGUGUGUGUACUAAAAUGAGCCAUUGCCCUCUUUCCCCUAAAACUAAAUAAAACUAACCCAAACUGA